CUGUGGUAGUGCAGCCCCUGGGUCACUUAGCAGCAAGACAGCCCAGAGCUGCAGCAGUGCCUUCAGCCUUGGCUGCCCCGGAGCAUGGCCUAGGCGGGCGGCACCUGUCGUGCGACGCUGAGCUUCCCAACGGACCUGGGGAUAACUGUACCCCCGCUUGCAGGAAAAGAUGAUUCCUGCCAGACUUGUGAGGGUGCUGCUGGCUCUGGCCCUCACCUUGCCAGGGACACUUUGCACAAAAGGGACUGUCGGCAGGUCCCCGCUGGCCCGAUGCAGCCUCUUUGGAGACGACUUCAUCAGCACCUUUGAUGAGAGCAUGUACAGUUUUGCAGGAGAUUGUAGUUACCUCCUGGCUGGAGACUGCCAGAAACACUCCUUCUCGAUUAUCGGGGGCUUCCAAAAUGGUAAAAGAGUGAGCCUCUCCGUGUAUCUCGGAGAAUUUUUCGACAUCCAUUUGUUUGUCAAUGGUACUGUGCUGCAGGGGACCCAAAGCAUCUCCAUGCCCUAUGCCUCCAACGGGCUGUACCUGGAGACUGAGGCUGGCUACUACAAGCUGUCCAGUGAGGCCUACGGCUUUGUGACCAAAAUUGAUGGCAGUGGCAACUUUCAAGUCCUGUUAUCAGACAGAUACUUCAACAAGACCUGUGGGCUCUGUGGCGACUUUAACAUCUUUGCUGAGGAUGACUUCAGGACGCAGGAAGGGACCUUGACCUCGGACCCCUACGACUUUGCCAACUCCUGGGCCCUGAGCAGUGGGGAACAACGGUGCAAACGGGUGUCCCAUCCUGGGAGCCCAUGCAAUGUCUCCUCUGAGGAAAUGCAGCAGGGCCCAUGGGAGCAGUGCCAGCUUCUGAAGAGUGCCUCGGCGUUUGCCCGCUGUCACCCUCUGGUGGACCCUGAGCCUUUCGUGGCCCUAUGUGAAAGGACUCUGUGCACCUGUGCACAGGGGCUGAGGUGCCCUUGCGAGGUCCUCCUGGAAUACGCCCGGGCCUGUGCCCAGCAGGGCAUGGUCUUAUAUGGCUGGACCGACCACAGCACCUGCCGACCGGCCUGUCCGGCUGGCAUGGAGUACAAGGAGUGUGUGUCCCCUUGCACCAGAACUUGCCAGAGCCUGCACGUCCAAGAAGUGUGUCAGGAGCCAUGCGUGGAUGGCUGCGGCUGCCCUGAGGGACAGCUCCUGGAUGAAGGCCGCUGCGUGGGGAGCGCUGAGUGUUUCUGUGUGCAUGCUGGGCAACGGUACCCUCCAGGCACCUCCCUCUCGCAGGACUGCAAUACCUGCAUUUGCCGAAACAGCUUGUGGAUCUGUAGCAAUGAAGAAUGCCCAGGGGAGUGUCUCGUCACAGGACAAUCCCACUUCAAGAGCUUUGACAACAGGUACUUCACCUUCAGUGGGGUCUGCCAGUACCUGCUGGCCCAGGACUGCCAGGACCACACCUUCUCUGUUGUCAUCGAGACUGUGCAGUGUGCCGAUGACCCCGAUGCUGUCUGCACCCGCUCAGUCAUUGUUCGCCUGCCCCAAUGGCACAACAGCCUUGUGAAGCUGAAGCACGGGGGAGGCGUGUCCGUGGAUGGCCAGGAUGUCCAGAUCCCUCUCCUGCAAGGUGACCUCCGCAUCCAGCACACCGUGAUGGCCUCCGUGCGCCUCAGCUACGGGGAGGAUCUGCAGAUGGACUGGGACGGCCGGGGAAAGCUGCUGGUGAUGCUGUCCCCAGUCUACGCCGGGAAGACGUGCGGCCUGUGCGGGAAUUACAACGGCAACAGGGGUGACGACUUCGUGACGCCCGCAGGCCUGGCGGAGCCCCUGGUGGAAGACUUCGGGAACGCCUGGAAACUGCACGGGGACUGCGAAGACCGGCAGAAGCAGCACAGUGAUCCCUGCAGCCUCAACCCGCGCCUGACCAGGUUUGCAGAGGAGGCGUGCGCCCUGCUGACAUCCUCCAAGUUCGAGGCCUGCCACCGCGCCGUGGGCCCUCAACCCUAUGUGCAGAACUGCCGCUACGACGUCUGCUCCUGCUCCGAUGGCAGAGACUGCCUUUGCAGUGCCCUGGCCAACUACGCCGCAGCCUGUGCCCGGAGAGGCGUGCACAUCGGGUGGCGGGAGCCCAGCUUCUGUGCACUGAGCUGCCCACCGGGCCAGGUGUACCUGCAGUGUGGGACCCCAUGUAACAUGACCUGCCGCUCCCUUUCUUACCCGGAUGAGGACUGCGAUGAGGUCUGCUUGGAAGGCUGCUUCUGCCCCCCAGGGCUGUACCUGGAUGAGAGGGGAGACUGUGUGCCCAAGGCCCAGUGCCCCUGCUACUAUGAUGGCGAGAUCUUUCAGCCUGAAGACAUCUUCUCAGACCAUCACACCAUGUGCUACUGUGAGGAUGGCUUCAUGCACUGUACAACUAGCGGAACCCCAGGAAGCCUGCUGCCCGACACCGUGCUCAGCAGUCCCCUGUCUCACCGCAGUAAAAGGAGCCUGUCCUGCCGGCCUCCCAUGGUCACAUUGGUGUGCCCUGCCGAUAACCCGAGGGCUGAAGGGCUCGAGUGUGCAAAAACCUGCCAGAACUAUGACCUGCAGUGCAUGAGCUCAGGCUGCGUCUCCGGCUGCCUCUGCCCCCCGGGCAUGGUCCGGCAUGAGAACAAGUGUGUGGCUCUGGAAAGGUGUCCCUGCUUCCAUCAAGGCAGAGAGUACGCCCCAGGAGAAACCGUGAAAAUUGACUGCAACACUUGUGUCUGUCGGGACCGGAAGUGGAACUGCACGGACCACGUGUGUGAUGCCACGUGCUCUGCCAUUGGCAUGGCGCACUACCUCACCUUCGACGGGCUCAAAUACCUAUUCCCUGGGGAGUGCCAGUAUGUUCUGGUGCAGGAUUACUGUGACGGCAACCUUGGGACCUUCCGGAUCCUGGUGGGGAACGAGGGGUGCAGCUACCCUUCAGUGAAAUGCAAGAAGCGGGCCACCAUCUUGGUGGAAGGAGGAGAGAUUGAACUGUUUGACGGGGAGGUGAAUGUGAAGAAGCCCAUGAAGGAUGAGACCCACUUUGAGGUGGUGGAGUCCGGUCAUUAUGUCAUCCUGCUGCUGGGCAAGGCGCUCUCCGUGGUCUGGGACCGCCGCCUGAGCAUCUCCGUGAGCCUGAAGCGGACAUACCAGGAGCGGGUGUGUGGUCUGUGCGGGAAUUUUGAUGGCAUCCAGAACAAUGACUUCACCAGCAGCAGCCUCCAGGUGGAAGAGGACCCCGUGGACUUUGGAAAUUCCUGGAAAGUGAACCCGCAGUGUGCCGACACCAGCAAAGUGCCCCAGGACUCAUCUCCUGCUGUCUGCCGUAACAACCUCAUGAAGCAGGCGAUGGUGGACUCCUCCUGCAGGAUCCUCACCAGUGAUAUUUUCCAGGACUGCAACAGGCUGGUGGACCCUGAGCCAUACCUGGACGUUUGCAUCUACGACUCCUGCUCCUGCGAGUCCAUUGGGGACUGCGCCUGCUUCUGUGACACCAUUGCUGCCUACGCCCAUGUGUGUGCCCAGCAUGGCAAGGUGGUGGCCUGGAGGACAGCCACAUUGUGUCCCCAGAACUGUGAGGAGAGGAACCUCCACGAGAAUGGGUAUGAGUGCGAGUGGCGUUAUAACAGCUGUGCCCCUGCCUGUCCCAUCACGUGCCAGCACCCCGAGCCGCUGGCAUGCCCAGUGCAGUGUGUCGAAGGCUGCCAUGCACACUGCCCUCUAGGGAAAAUCCUAGAUGAGCUUUUGCAGACCUGCAUCGACCCUGAAGACUGUCCCGUGUGUGAGGUGGCUGGUCGUCGCUUGGCCCCGGGAAAGAAGAUCACCUUGAACCCCGAUGACCCUGAACACUGCCAGAUUUGUCAUUGCGAGGGCGUCAGCCUCACCUGUGAGGCCUGCAGGGAGCCUGGAGGCCUCAUGGUGCCCCCCACGGAAGGCCCCGUCAGCUCUCCCACUCCGUACGUGGAGGACACCCCCGAGCCGCCCCUCCACGACUUCUACUGCAGCCGGCUUCUGGACCUGGUUUUCCUGCUAGACGGCUCCUCUAAGCUGUCUGAGGGCGAGUUCCAAGUGCUGAAGGUCUUUGUGGUGGGCAUGAUGGAGCGUUUGCACAUCUCCCAGAAGCGCAUCCGCGUGGCCGUGGUAGAGUACCACGACGGCUCCCAUGCCUACAUCGAGCUCCAGGACCGGAAGCGGCCCUCAGAGCUGCGGCGCAUCGCCAGCCAAGUGAGGUACGUGGGCAGCGAGGUGGCCUCCACCAGUGAGGUCCUCAAGUACACGCUGUUCCAGAUCUUCGGCAAGAUCGACCGUCCUGAAGCAUCCCGCAUCGCUCUGCUCCUCACGGCCAGCCAGCAGCCCCCGAAGAUGGCCCGCAAUCUGGUCCGCUACGUGCAGGGCCUGAAGAAGAAGAAAGUCAUCGUGAUCCCUGUGGGCAUCGGGCCCCACGUCAACCUCAAGCAGAUCCGCAACAUUGAGAAGCAGGCCCCGGAGAACAAGGCCUUUGUGCUCAGCGGUGUGGAUGAGCUGGAGCAGCGGAGGGAUGAGAUUAUCAGCUACCUGUGUGACCUGGCCCCCGAAGCACCCCGCCUUACCCAGCAGCCCCCUGUGUUGCCGGUCACUCUGGGUCCGGAGAUUUCCCCAUCGUCGGGACCCAGAAGGAACUCCAUGGUUCUGGAUGUGGUGUUCAUCCUGGAAGGCUCAGACAAAAUUGGAGAGGCCAACUUCAACAAGAGCAGGGACUUCAUGGAGGAGGUGAUCCGGCGGAUGGACGUGAGCCAGGAUGGCGUCCAUGUCACGGUGCUGCAGUACUCCUACGCCGUGGCUGUGGAGUACACCUUCAGCGAGGCCCAGUCCAAGGGUGAGGUCCUGCAGCACGUGCGGGAGAUCCGAUUCCGGGGCGGCAACAGGACCAACACUGGGCUGGCCCUGCAGUACCUGUCUGAGCACAGCUUCUCCGUCAGCCAGGGGGACCGGGAGCAGGUCCCUAACCUGGUCUACAUGGUCACGGGAAACCCCGCCUCUGAUGAGAUCAAGCGGAUGCCUGGAGACGUCCAGGUGGUGCCCAUCGGAGUGGGUCCUCAUGCUGACCCGCAGGAGCUGGAGAGGAUUAGCUGGCCCAGUGCCCCCAUCCUCAUCCAGGACUUUGAGAGGCUCCCCCGAGAGGCCCCUGAUUUGGUGCUGCAGAGGUGCUGCUCCGGAGAGGGGCCGCAGCCCCCUAUCCCCGUCCCCAGCCCAGACUGCAGCCAGCCGCUGGACGUGGCCCUCCUCCUGGAUGGCUCCUCCAGCUUUCCUGCUUCUUACUUCGAGGAGAUGAAGAGUUUCGCCAAGGCUUUCAUUUCCAGAGCUAAUAUAGGGCCCCAGCUCACGCAGGUCUCAGUGCUGCAGUACGGGAGCACCACCACUGCCGCCGUGCCGUGGAACGUAGCCUACGAGAAAGCCCAUCUCCUGAGCCACGUGGACCUCAUGCAGCGGGAAGGAGGCCUCAGCCACAUCGGGGGCGCUUUGGACUAUGCUGUGCGGUACAUCACCUCUGAAGUGCAUGGUGCCCGGCCCGGAGCCUCGAAGGCGGUGGUCAUCGUUGUCACCGAUGUCUCCGCAGAUUCGGUGGAGGCUGCAGCCGACGCCGCCACAUCCAACCGAGUGACUGUGUUUCCCAUUGGAAUUGGGGAUCGUUACGAUGAGGCCCAGCUGAGGAGGCUGGCAGGCCCAAACGCUGGCUCCAAUGUGCUGAGGCUCCAGCGAAUCGAAGACCUUUCCACCAUGGCCACCCUGGGAAAUUCCUUCUUCCACAAGCUGUGCUCCGGGUUCAUUAGAGUUUGCGUGGAUGAGGACGGGAAUGAGAAGAGGCCUGGGGACGUCUGGACUUUGCCAGACCAGUGCCACACAGUGACUUGCCUGCCAGAUGGCCAGACCUUGCUGAAGAGUCAUCGGGUCAACUGUGACCGGGGGCCGAGGCCCUCAUGCCCCAACGGCCAGCCCCCUCUCAGGGUGGAGGAGACCUGUGGCUGCCGCUGGACCUGCCCCUGUGUGUGCAUGGGCAGCUCUACCCGGCACAUUGUGACCUUUGAUGGGCAGAAUUUCAAGCUGACUGGCAGCUGUUCGUACGUCUUGUUUCAAAACAAAGAGCAGGACCUCGAGGUGAUUCUGCAUAAUGGGGACUGCAGCCUUGGGGUGAGGCAGACCUGCAUGAAAUCCAUCGAGGUGAAGCACGACGGCCUCUCGGUUGAGCUCCACAGUGAUAUGCAGCUGACAGUGAAUGGGAGACUGGUGUCCGUCCCAUACGUGGGUGGGGAUAUGGAAGUCAAUGUCUACGGCACCAUCAUGUAUGAGAUCAGAUUCAACCAUCUUGGCCAUAUCUUCACGUUCACUCCACGAAACAACGAAUUCCAGCUGCAGCUGAGCCCCAAGACCUUUGCUUCAAAGACGUAUGGUCUCUGUGGGAUCUGUGAUGAGAACGGAGCCAAUGACUUUGUGCUCAGGGAUGGCACAGUCACCACGGACUGGAGAGCGCUUGUCCAGGAAUGGACCUUGCAGCAGCCAGGGAAGACAUGCCAGCCGAUCUCCUGGGAGCCGUGUCCCGUCUCCAGCAGCUCCCACUGCCAGGUCCUUCUCUCAGAAUUGUUUGCUGAGUGCCACAAGGUCCUUGCUCCAGCCACCUUUUAUGCCAUGUGCCAGCAGGACAGUUGCCACCAGGAGCAAGUGUGUGAGGCCAUCGCCUUGUAUGCCCACCUCUGUCGGACCAAAGGGGUCUGUGUCGACUGGAGGAGGACCAGUUCCUGUGACAUGUCAUGCCCACCAUCCCUGGUGUACAACCACUGUGAACGUGGCUGCCCCCGGCUCUGCGAGGGCAACACAAGCUCCUGUGGGGACCAUCCCUCGGAAGGCUGCUUCUGCCCUCAGAACCAAGUCAUGCUGGAAGGUAGUUGUGUCCCCAAGGAGGCCUGUACCCAGUGCAUCAGCGAGGAUGGAGUCCAGCACCAGUUCCUGGAAACCUGGGUUCCAGCUCACCAGCCGUGCCACAUCUGCAUGUGCCUCAGUGGGCGGAAGGUCAAUUGUACGUCGCAGCCCUGCCCCACGGCCAGAGCUCCUGUGUGCGGCCCAUGUGAAGUGGCCCAUCUCCGACAGAACGCAGAGCAGUGCUGCCCGGAGUACGAGUGUGUGUGCGACCUGCUGAGCUGUGACCUGCCCCCAGUUCCUCCCUGUGAAGGUGGCCUCCAAAUGACCCUGACCAAUCCUGGAGAGUGCAGGCCCAACUUCACCUGCGCCUGCAGGAAGGACGAGUGCAGAAGGGAGUCCCCGCCCUCCUGCCCCCCGCACCGGACACCGACCCUUCGGAAGACCCAGUGCUGUGAUGAGUACGAGUGCGCCUGCAGCUGUGUCAACUCCACCGUGAGCUGCCCGCUGGGGUACCUGACCUCGGCCGUCACCAACGACUGUGGCUGCACCACAACCACCUGCUUCCCUGACAAGGUGUGCGUCCACCGAGGUACCGUCUACCCUGUGGGCCAGUUCUGGGAGGAGGGCUGUGAUGUGUGCACCUGCACCGACUUGGAGGACUCUGUGAUGGGCCUGCGCGUGGCCCAGUGCUCCCAGAAGCCCUGUGAGGACAACUGUCGGUCGGGCUUCACUUACGUCAUCCAUGAAGGCGAGUGCUGUGGAAAGUGUCUGCCUUCUGCCUGUGAGGUGGUCGUUGGUUCACGGCGGGGGGACUCCCUGUCUCAGUGGAAGAAUGUUGGCUCUCACUGGGCCUCCCCUGACAACCCCUGUCUCAUCAACGAGUGUGUCCGCGUGAAGGAAGAGGUCUUUGUGCAACAGAGGAAUGUCUCCUGCCCCCAGCUGGAAGUCCCCACCUGCCCCGUGGGUUUCCAGCUGAGCUGUAAGACCUCAGAGUGUUGUCCCACCUGUCGCUGUGAGCCCCUGGAGGCCUGCAUGCUCAAUGGCACCGUCAUUGGGCCCGGGAAAAGUCUGAUGGUUGAUGUGUGCACGACUUGCCGCUGCACAGUCCAGGUGGGGUUCAUCUCUGGAUUCAAGCUGGAGUGCAGGAAGACCACCUGUGAGCCCUGCCCCCCGGGUUACAAGGAAGAGAAGAACCAAGGCGAAUGCUGUGGGAAAUGUCUGCCUACGGCUUGUACCGUUCAGCUAAGAGGAGGACAGAUCAUGACACUGAAGCGUGAUGAGACGCUCCAGGAUGGCUGUGAUAAUCACUUCUGCAAGGUCAAUGAGAGAGGAGAGUACAUCUGGGAGAAGAGGGUCAUGGGCUGCCCGCCCUUCGAUGAACGCAAGUGUCUGGCCGAGGGAGGGAGAAUCAUGAAAAUUCCAGGCACCUGCUGUAACACAUGUGAGGAGCUGGAAUGCAAAGACAUCACGGCCAGGCUGCGGUAUGUCAAGGUGGGAGACUGUAAGUCUGAAGAGGAGGUGGACAUUCAUUACUGCGAGGGUAAAUGUGCCAGCAAAGCCUUGUACUCCAUCGACACGGAGGACGUGCAGGACCAGUGCUCAUGCUGCUCGCCCACGCGGAUGGAGCCCAUGCUGGUGCCCCUGCACUGCACCAAUGGCUCCGUGGUCCACCACCAGAUCCUCAACGCCAUGCAGUGCCGGUGCUCCCCCAGGAAGUGCAGCAAAUGAGGUCGCCCCGGGCCCUGCAGUUGCCCGCCUCACCUGAGACUGGACCAGCCAGCGUGCUGCUCUCGCUCCUUCUCCUCCUCGUGCUCCACUCUGGAGCCCUCCUGAGCCCACAAUAAAGGCUAAUCUCUCACUUUGCAAAA